AUGAAUUUAGCGACCCGAAGGAGAGACCGCGGUACCUCUCACCUCCACGCAAAGAGAGCUCUACUCCUGUGUACUCUUCUGUGUUGCACUUGUUCUUCAGGAAUCACACAAGCGCUGUCUGAAGAUGUGGACGUGUUGCAGCGGUUGGCUCUUCGCCGUGAGCAGGGUUCGCGCUCUGUCCCGUUUGGUGUCAUCCCACUCCGCUCCAGCAUCAUCCUCACAGCACGGGCACGUGUCACUGCUGCCACACACUCCAUAUUCUCACAGCCUUUCUCCUGGAACACCACAUUCGUGCUAAGCAUUCGCUCACAUCGUGCCAACACUGCCUUCCUUUUCUCUGUUUUCUCUGGCUCACACCUCCAGUUAGGCUUGCAGGUAUCGCCGGAUGACAUUAUACUCCAUGCUGGGCCUGGCAACUCAGUCCACUUUCCAUAUCACCUUCAUGAUGGCCGCUGGCACCACCUGGCCCUUGUGCUUGCUGGCCAGACAGCCACCCUGCUGCCUGCUUGUGACAAUGGCAGCAGUGGAACAACCCAGGAGUUUCCACUACUCCCUCCAUUUCGCCUGGACCCCCGCAGUACUUUCCGACUGGGCGGAAGCAGUGCCCUCCUACCUGGAAUUGAACCUUUUGAGGGGGCAGUGUGCCAGUUCGAUGUCAUACCCACAAGACAGGUUAACUACUGCAAGGCCAUUCGCAAGCAGUGCAGAGAAAAUGAUACCUACCAGCCAGCACCAUCCUCUCCCCUGCUGCCUUUACCCUCCACAAUGGUGCAGUCAUCCAAAUCUAAUCGUACCCUUGCAGUCAUGCCCACUCUAAGUCCUGUGACACUCCUGAAUAACUCUGUCACACCUAGAGUCAGAGCCAACCAUAAUUCUGCAGGGUCCCGAGCCACAGUGACUCCUCAAAUGCUUCCAACUCAGAUAGGACUUGAACCGCCACCAUUCCAUGGAAACCUGAACAUUGCCACACCUGCACCAACUUUCAGGGCACACAAAGCACUGCCCCAAAAAAGCAGCAAACCCACAGCCUCCAAGCCCAUUGUGGCAAAAUCCAUCAGUGCCACCAAACUGACAGGGUUCAGACACACAACAGCAAAAGCUCAAGCUAAAACUGUUACUGUGAAACCAUUACACAUGUUUGCAAGUCCAAAACCUACUUUUUUAAAUCCCAUUAAUGUAUCAAAACCCAACAGCUCAAAACACACAAGUAUAUCAAAAGCCUUCAGCUCAAAACCCACCAGUGCACCAAAACCCAACAGCUCAAAACCCACUAGUCUGUCAAAACCUUCUAACUCAAAACCCAACAGUGUAUCAAAACCUGCUAGCAUAAAACCCACAACCAAAUCAAAUCCCACCAAUUCAAAACAUAUAACCUCGAAAUCAGCACCAGUAAAGCCCUCUAAAUCCACAAUUGCAAAAUCUAUAGCCAUCAAACCCACAAUUCCGAAAGGAUCUCUUCCCAAACCCUCCCCUUCUAAACCUUCAUUGGAAACAACCAGGACAAAAAGCCCAGCAAAUCUCUCACAGUCUCCAGUGACCCCCACUGUCACUUCCACUAAGCGCCAAUCAAACUUAACAAUAUCUUUAUCCAAAAAGAUUCCAACUACCCCCAAGGAACUAAGCCCUUUGCCAACUAAAAAGGUCCCAAGCAGCACCCAAGAGACACCCAGACACAUGCCUCCCAUGUCCAGGACAACACCUGUCAUCCCUACUGUUUCAAAGAUGUCUCCAAAUAGACCAGUAAAACCUACCAAAAACUCAGUGGUACCUAUUACCACAUUGGCCCCAGAGACAGAGACAGUUCUGCCUGCUGAUGGACUUCAGGGCUGGGAUCUGGAUCUAGGACUGUUUGCUUCUCCGAUUGGACCACCAGGGCAAAAGGGAGAACUUGGACCUGCAGGAAUUCAGGGACCACCAGGAAAACCAGGAGCACCAGGAAAAAGGGGACCACAAGGACCACCAGGGCCACAUGGUAAUCCAGGAAGACCAGGUCCCCCAGGAUUAAAGGGGAAGAAGGGUGACCCUGGACUUUCACCUGGAAAAGCCUCUAAAGGAGAGAAAGGAGAUCCUGGUAUUAUUGGUCCUGCUGGUUCACCUGGCGUAGUGAGUCAAAAGGGGCAAAAAGGCUAUCCUGGACCACCUGGUCUACCAGGGGAAGCAGGGAAACAAGGGCCUGAUGGAAGUGCUGGUGCCAAAGGUUAUCCUGGCAGGCAGGGGCUUCCAGGUCCCAUAGGGCCUCGUGGGCCAAAAGGCGCUCGGGGUUUUAUUGGCAUCCCGGGCCUUUUUGGUUUACCGGGACCUGAUGGUGAAAGAGGGAGUCCUGGUCCUCCAGGGAAGAGGGGCAAGAUGGGUACGCCGGGCUUUCCAGGUGAUUUUGGUGAGAGGGGACCUCCAGGAGCUGAUGGAGAGCCUGGUGUUAUUGGUGCCACUGGCCCUCCUGGAGUACAUGGACUGAUUGGUGACAUGGGCCCAGCUGGCGUGGUUGGUAUUCCAGGACUGAUUGGACUAAAAGGUGUUGCUGGGAACAUGGGCGAGCCUGGACUGAAAGGUGAUAAGGGUGAAAUUGGGCUCCCUGGACAGCAAGGAGAGAUCGGGUUCCGUGGAGACAAGGGAAAUCAGGGUUUGCCAGGGUUACCAGGUCCUCGUGGAAAACCUGGCCCUCAGGGUAGACAGGGAGAGAGAGGCCCUGAUGGGGUUCCUGGCCCACCAGGUCCUGAGGGUUUCCCUGGUGACAUCGGACCACCUGGACAAAAUGGGCCUGAGGGACCAAAGGGUGUACCUGGAAUAAGGGGGUUACCAGGACCUCGUGGAGCCUCAGGACGUGAGGGAGAAGAGGGCCCAGUUGGACUACCUGGGCCGACGGGGCUAGAGGGUUUUAUGGGACAAAAAGGUUUUCCUGGCAAGUUUGGUCCUGAAGGAGUUAAGGGCGAACAAGGAGAUACAGGGAAGGCUGGUCCAAUGGGAGAGAGAGGUUUGGUUGGCUUUGUGGGACCAGUGGGGGAACCUGGACUGGCAGGAGAAAAGGGCGAUCGAGGAGAGACAGGAUUGCCAGGACCACCAGGCGAAAAAGGAUCUACUGGACAUCCAGGGACUCCUGGAGAGGCCGGACCUCCUGGACCACCAGGUUCACCAGGCCCUCCUGGAUCACAAGGCCCUGCUGGCACACGAGGGCCUAAGGGAAGACGGGGCCCACGAGGACCAGAUGGUCCAAUUGGCGAGGCUGGCACUGAGGGCAAAAAGGGUCCUAUUGGUCCCCUGGGAAAAGUCGGGCUUCCAGGAGAGCAGGGGAAGAUCGGCGAGCCAGGAGAGACAGGGCCAAAAGGAUUUCUGGGAAUCCAAGGGUCUUCUGGAGCUCCAGGAGAAAAAGGGAUUGCAGGAGAGCCAGGACCCCCAGGAAUACCAGGAACAAUAGGGCCACUUGGAAAAAUUGGACCAAAGGGUCCAUCAGGAAAAGUGGGAGACAUGGGAGUCCCUGGUGAACCAGGAGAGAAGGGUGCAGUGGGAGCUGAAGGGAGUGCUGGAGCGCCAGGCCUUGUCGGACCCAGGGGAGAGCCAGGUUUGGAGGGUGAACAGGGUCUUGCUGGUCCUGAUGGUCCCAAGGGUGAAAAAGGUGACAUGGGGCCAGAGGGUGAACCUGGUAUGAGGGGUGAUCCAGGGAUUAAAGGCAAAGAGGGGCCACCAGGUGAUCCUGGACUCACUGGAGUCAGAGGUCCUGAAGGGAAAUCAGGGAAAAUGGGUGAGAGAGGGAAGCCUGGCCUCAAGGGGGCAAAGGGCAACAUGGGACACCUGGGUGUGACAGGAACAGCAGGGAAACCUGGACCAGUUGGAACCAUUGGACCAAAAGGAUCAAGAGGAACUGCUGGACCUGUGGGUGCUCCAGGCCGGAUGGGACAACAGGGGGAUCCGGGUUUAGCAGGCUAUGAGGGUCACCAGGGGCCACAGGGUCCUAUAGGGCCUCCAGGACCAAAAGGUGUAAAGGGUGAACAGGGAGAUGAUGGGAAAAUAACAGGUCCUCCUGGUUCACCUGGACUUCAGGGUCGUAUGGGUGACCGAGGUGACCGAGGGGAACCAGGAGAUCCAGGAUACCCAGGUCUGCCAGGUGUGGAUGGACUUCGAGGCAAAGCUGGUGCACCUGGAUUACCUGGUCACCCUGGUCCUCGUGGACAACAAGGCCCCAAAGGAUCAAAAGGAGAGCAGGGUCAAAAAGGUAAACAGGGUCAGCAAGGAGAACGUGGAAGUAGAGGAUCACCAGGUGUGGUUGGCUUGCCAGGACUGAGGGGUGUGAUUGGUCGAGAAGGCCGGGAGGGCAUUCCUGGAGUGGAUGGUAUUCCAGGGAAGGACGGAAGUAAAGGAAUACCUGGUGACCAAGGAGAUGAUGGAGAGGUCGGGCUUCCAGGGAAAUCUGGAGCAAGGGGGAAAACUGGUGUUCCAGGUUUACCAGGAAGUCAGGGUUCAUUUGGCGCAAAGGGUGAACAAGGUCUCCCAGGUCAUCCUGGUCCUUCAGGGAAAAGAGGAUUUAAAGGAGGAAUGGGAAUGCAAGGAGCUCAGGGAGCUCCAGGGCCCAAAGGACAGCCAGGCAAUGUUGGAGAGCCUGGAUUUCCAGGGAUACUAGGAAUAUUUGGUCCAAAGGGGCCUCCAGGAGACUUUGGGCCAAAAGGCAUUCGUGGACCGAAAGGGCCCCCUGGCCAAAUGGGUAAAGGGGGAGUGACUGGUCCUGUUGGUAUAAUUGGCCCAAGAGGCAGUCCUGGUCGUAGAGGAGGUUCUGGUAGCAGAGGAGCAAUGGGUGCUCAGGGCCCAAGGGGUGCUCCUGGACGUCGAGGACCUCCUGGACCACCAGGACCUCCCAGUAUUGCAAAAUCCUUUGUGGCAGAUCUAAUGGAUCUUCCCAUGGACCAAGCUCCAGAGAUCUUACAGAUGCUGCACUAUCUGAAUUUGCUAGUUCUCAGUCUGAGGAAUCCACUAGGAACACGGGAUCAUCCGGCUCACCUCUGCCGGGACCUUAUAACCUGUCAGCACAAAUUCAAUGAUGGCACUUACUGGAUUGACCCAAACCUGGGUUGUCCCUCUGACUCUAUAGAAGUGACUUGUAACUUCACAAGAGGCGGGCUUACCUGCCUUAGACCAAUUACUGUUUCCAAGCUGGAGUUCAGAGUCAAGCCUGUCCAAAUGAACUUCCUGCAUCUGCUGGGUUCAUGGGCAGAGCAACAUAUCACCAUCCAUUGUCUUAACAUCACCAUAUGGAGCUCCACCCCCACACAGACUCCUUCCAAGAAUGCCGUGAGGUUUAUGGCAUGGAAUGGAAUAAUGCUGGAACCAGAAGUGUUGGAGGACACAUGCUGGCAACGCGAUGACCAUUGGAGGAAAGCUGUCUUUCUGUUCAGAGUUAUAGACGCCUCAUUGCUUCCCAUCAAAAACAUUGCUAAUCUGCCAAAAACCGCAUCCAUGUCACGCUAUCACCUGGAGGUUGGACCUGUGUGUUUCCUGUAGUGUGGUGUGUGUAAACAUGAAUUGGUAUGCAUGUGUGUCCACUUCCUCACACACUAUAACCAGCUGAAGCUAACCGCUUUAUUAUUCAGCCACUGAUUGGACUGCAGAAACAGGAAGAAGGUGGUGUGAGCGGGGCUUCUGGGAGAUUUAGCACUAAAAGACUGUGGAGGAGAAAUCCACCCUUCCUGGCUCAGAUGUCAUAUGAGAGAAGACUCUAAGAAUAUGACCCAGUUUACAUAGGUACAGGACAUCCAGGCCAGGAAGAUACUACCACACUCUCUCUCUCUCUCUCUCUCUCUCUCUCUCUCUCUCUCUAAUUAAUCUUUAUUGAAUAUUAUAAGUUAUUAUAAUGCUUGUCCUAAGGAAAUAUGCUCCAUUGUAGAGAAGAAUUAAGAAUUGGAAAAAAUUAUAUAUGUAUGU